GAUUGAUUGAAGGGAUAUUUAAUUAGAUCUUUCAUCAUCAGCCUGAAUUUUGUCAUACAAAAAUAUAUAUAUAUUUUUCUGAAGUACUUCCCUCUUAUUCCGAGUGCAUCGAGUGAAGUUUCUGGUUUUCGCAAACAAGCUUAAUGGACUUUAUUUUUCUUCUGAAGGACAUUAUAGGCCAGUUUCACUCCGUGAGAAGCUGUGGAAGUCUUUAUAUUUACUGAAGAAAAUGACAUGAGGCACAUGUUACCACACAAGAGCGUGUUGCCAUCUUUAUUUUGAACAUUAGAGCGACCACACUACUAUGGCUAGUAGUGGCUCGGGAAAAUCAGAUAGCGAGGUUCCUACCAACAUCCUUAGCGGCAGCUUGCAACAAAGGAAAAGACUUUUAUCCAUCUGCGACGCAUGCAAGAGCAAAAUGCAGCUGGUGGCUGACCUGCUCCUGCUAUCCAGCGAAACCAGGCCGGUGGUGAACGCUGAAGGCCAGCCUGUAGCUGAGACCUUCGAGAAAUGCCGCGACACAGUGAUCGCCAGAACUAAGGAGCUGUCUAUUAUUGUUCAUGACAUUCAGAGCCAACUCAACAUGGGGAAGUUCCUGGAGGUUGGCGACCGGCUGGUGGAGAUGGGGGAUUUGGUGGUCUCGCUAACCGAGUAUUCAGCGCAUGCUGCUUAUUUAGCAGCUGUGGAGAUCCCAGGGUCUCAAGCUGCAGUUUCGGGCCUGGUGGAUCGGUAUAAAGUCACUCGAUGCCGGCAUGAAGUGGAGCAAACAUGCAACAUUCUGCGCCUCACAGCAGUGGGGGAUCUAACACCUCCGCUUCUUCUGGAGGUCUCGCAGAACAUCCUAAAGAACCUCACCAUGCUCACGGACGCCUCUUCUCUGGCCAGUGAUAAAUCAAAGGAUAAGUUUGCUAAGGAGCAGUUUAAAGCUAGCGUCAAGUGCAUGAGCACAAGUGCUACAGCUUUGUUAGCUUGUGUCCGCGAGCUCAAAGCCUGUCCCAGCGAGCUGACGCGGAACCGAUGCGUCCUCUUUAGUGGGCCGCUCAUCCAGGCAGUGCAUGCUUUGGUGGGAUUCGCCACAGAGCCGCAAUUCCUGGGUAAAGCCGCCAGCAUAACACCUGAUGGCAAAGGAGUGCAGACUGCCGUCCUGGGUGGUGCCAUGAGCGUGGUUUCGGCCUGCGUGCUCCUAACUCAAGGCCUCAGGGAUAUUUCCCAGCAUCCUGAAAGCAGCUCGCAGAUGCCCGUCUAUCGGGAGCGGCUACGAAACUCUGCAUGUGCCGUCUCUGAUGGAUGCACACUCCUGUCUCAGGCACUAAGGGAACGAUCCUCACCUAGAACUUUACCGCCAGUUAACUCUCAUUCUGUGAAUUAAACAAAUCCUCCCCGGCACCCUGUUUAUUUGUUAUGUUUUAGUUUAUUUUAAUAUUAUUCUAUUGACGUACCAAAGAAUCUAAUCAGGUUUAACCCCACAUGGUAUGACUUAGGGCUGGGCGAUGAGUUGAAUAUUGGAUUUGUUUUGGUUUUACUGAUGAUUUAACCGUGUGGAAUAUCAAAGGUUUUUAUUUACAAUAAAUUAAAAAGCAUCAGGCAUUUUG